CUUAUGACAUAAAAUUAGGUUCAAAGACUAAUAGUGAAAAUGUUGUAUUGUGAACCUCCUUGCAAUCAUCACCAAUGAGAAACAGGUUUAUCCCCUGGCUAAGAGAGCAAUAACAAGUUGUUUGGAAUUUGAAGGAGAACUACAGUAAUGUCCAUAGCACAACUAUUGUAUUUAGGGUUUAAUAGUUUAAAGAACAAAAACAUAGGAAACAACCCAAGAUUCUAAUUUAAAUAUUUGUAAAUCACUAAGAACAAAAGCCUUGAAGUUAUCCCCCGGUAAGCUCCAGCUAUUUGUCUUCUAAUUGAACAUAAAACCUUGCCUCGGUUGAUUCGCUUCCUUGAAUUUCUUGAGAAAUUGCUGAUGUCAUCCCCCUGCUGAUGUCUUCUUAUAAGCAACCAUCUGAUGCAUAGUGCAAUGUCGAUGAACUCAGGAGUAGAAACAGAGAAACGAGCACAUAUAAAGCAUGGAAUUGGAAGUGGGAAAUGGGAAAUGGCAUGGAUCAGUUGGUGGCAUCGUGGGUGCACCCAUUAAUUGACAAAGUGUGGAACAUGGUUGCUCAAAGUAAAAAGCUACCAGAAUGGAUGCCAAUGGUUGAAAAAUGCACCGACUUAGCCGGGGAAGAAGGCAAUCCAGGCUAUGUUCGGCUAGUCUCUGGUUUCAUGUUCCCUCAGCAGGAUGGAGAAAGGUCAUGGCUCAAGGAGAAGCUGGUUUCCAUGGACUCAUCAUCACGUAGCUAUGUGUACGGAAUGGAAGCAAGCAAUGUGGGAUUAGAUGGGUCUGUAAACUCGUUAAAACUAGUAGAUUAUGGGGAUAAUUCGACACUAGUUGACUGGUCAUUUGAGAUUAGCCCUCUAGAAGGCGCACGUGAGGACAGCCUUAUUGAUUAUCUGGGAUAUCUCUAUAAAUCUUGCAUUAAUAGAAUUGAAGGUGCUAUUGAAGCAGCAUCAAAGAAAGUUUGAGAAGCAUCCAACUAUCCAAGCUAACCUUUUUCUGAUGUACUU